AUGAAGUUAUCUAGAGGGCUCGCCUUGCUUUUUGCCUCGGCUAUCUCAGUUGCAGCCAGCGAGCCUGAGUCGUCGUCGCCGUCCCUGCUAAAUGUUAUCACAAAACUGCCAAAAUGCUCGGUGACAUGCUUUGGCGAAGCAUUGACGAAGACGAAAUGCGAAUUAACCGAUGAGAAGUGUAUUUGCUCCGACCAAGUUCUUCUCGCAACGUCGACUGCUUGCGUUUUGAAAAGCUGUACUGUGAAAGAAGCCUUGACUGUCAAAAGGCUCACGACGCAGGCAUGUAACGAGCCCAUCAGAGACAAGAACGCCGUCUAUAUCAGAGUUUCCGAUGUUCUCGGCGUUAUUUCAGCUCUCUUUAUUGUUCAAAGAUUCGCCUUCAAGUUAUGGGCCAAGCAGGACUUUGGUUUAGACGACUGGUUCGCGCUCGCCACCAUCAUCAGCGGUGCGCCAUCGACAGUCAUCAACACGUACGGAGUUGGCGCCAACGGAAUUGGACGAGAUGCGUGGACCCUCAGCUUCGACCAGCUUUACAACUUUGGAAAGUUUUUCUACGUUGAAGAAGUCCUCUAUUUUCUACAGAUUGCAAUGGUGAAGCUGGCAUUGCUGUUCUUCUUCCUGCGUAUCUUCCCAGCGCCGAUUGUCCGUCGACUUCUCUGGGGCACUGUCGCUUUCACCGUUCUUUACGCCGUCGUUUUCGUAUUUGUCGGAAUCUUCACGUGUUCCCCAAUAAGCUAUUUUUGGACAAAGUGGGAUCAAGAGCAUACUGGAAAGUGUCUCGAUAUCAAUGUUAUUGCCUGGUCAAACGCCGGUGUUGGUAUUGCCAUAGAUAUCUGGAUGCUGGCUAUUCCAUUGUGGCAACUGAAGGGGCUGAAGAUGCAUUGGAAGAAGAAAGUCAGCGUUGCGGCCAUGUUUAUGCUGGGUACAUUCGUAACUGUCGUUAGUAUUCUCAGACUCCGGUCCAUCGUCGAGUUUGGUUCCGACUCCAUGAACCCGACGUGGGACUUUUUCGAAGUGUCGCUAUGGUCAUGCAUCGAGGUCAAUGUGGGCAUUUGGUGUGUCUGCUUGCCUUCAUUCCGACUGCUUGUUGUUCGCCUGUUCCCGACUCUCAGUGGUUCGACAGCUCGAAGCUAUGCUCGGUACGGCAGCAGCGUCAAUCGGACAGCCGAGAAGAGCAACCGAAGUAGAGGCUUGGGUCCUAGUGCUACGGCGACGUCUUCCUUCAACGAUCGGCCGAGUCGGUCUAAUCCUGGAAAUAACCAGAUUGCCUAUCACAAGUCUUAUACUGUCGAAGUUUCAGACAUGGACGAAGUUGCUCUUGUCCCUUUAGGAGACCAUGAGUCACGGACAAGGGUUAGUAGCAGCCGCAGCCGGGGAAGUGUAUAA